AUGUUUGUUAAGCCUGACCGACUUCUUCUUCUUCUUCUUCUUCUUCUUCUUCUUCUUCUUCUUCUUCCUCCUCCUCCUCAUUCUUCAUCAUCUUCCUCUUCUUCCUUUUCCUUCUCAUCUUCUUCUUCCUUCUCCUUUUCUUCCCUCUUCUUCUUCUUCUUCUUCUUCUUCUUCUUCUUCCUCCUCCUCCUCUUCUCCUCUUUUAUCGUAUACUUCGCUUUCCUCUUCUCUCCAUCGCCUUCGUCCGCAUGCGCCCUUCCUUCCUCCUGUUUUCCACUUCUGUAAUGACAAAUGGAUUUGCGCGCAGAUACCGCCUGACAGGUUGAUUUCAGUUACUGGGCCAAGAGUGAAAUUUUCCUGACCUCUGCCGGCAAUAUAUUUCAGCCUCGACUUAUCUAUGGUCAGACCGACUAACUGACUCUCUGAUUGAUGGGUGCCUAAUGAUUACCAAUUGAGAUAGCGGUAACAAAUGUGAUGUCUGCGCAUACAUCAGUCGGGCGCGCGGUAACACUCCCGGAGGUAGGGGCGGGGGGCUCGUAUCCCCCAAAUGGCCAGAUCACCUGGCUAGAACGGAUGACUACGAGAUAAAGCCAACUUAGGUCUGAGUUCUGUUCACUGACCAAGUAAUAUCACAUUUACUUACGCUCGUCAAAGCGUUGUAACCUCUCUUCUCACCACGGGAAAAGGGACAGGUUGAAUAGUGUCCUUUUUGUCUAGGUCGCAGAUCUGAGUAUCCACAGGAGUAAGUUUAUUAAAGAGGAAUUUUAGUCUCAAGUAGCACUCCUCUGUAAAGUCUAGUGGCUCUUCAAAGCAUGUUAAGUGCUGGCAUUUAGGUGGACAUUCUUUGUGCUGAACAAUUCAUUGUAUAGGAAAUCGGUAUAGAAGACAGGCAGCGCUUUUGGUCGUUUGUUUUUGCAUUUGGAAGGUGAGAUUAUAAUCACCACAGUUCUCAUCCUGCCACGUUUGCAACACAAGCCAGAGUGGUGUUCUUAGGUGCGAGUGGCAUUCACAGUGACAUUAAAAUUACAUCACAUCUUCAUUGAUUUCUAAAGUCAUCUGAUUCUCUGUGCGCCUUCAUGUUGGAACUGCCUAUACAAGUCUACCCGGAUUGCAGAACGAACUACGGCAAAUAUAUGUUUGUUUCAAAGAUCUAGUGUAGAGUCCUCGUGAGCGGUCACAUGUUGAUGCUGCUCCGUACUGAAAUGCCCGUUAGCACAAAGUCCGGAUUCAAACCCUAGUCCUUCCGGCUCGGGGUGAUGAUGAUGAUGAUGAUGAUGAUGAUGAUGAUGAUGAUGAUGAUGAUGAUGAUGAUGAUGAUGAUGAUGAUGAUGAUGAUGAUGAUGAUGAUGAUGAUGAUGAUGAUGAUGAUGAUGAUGAUGAUGAUGAUGAUGAUGAUGAUGAUGAUGAUGAUGACAGCUAA